CUCAUUUUAGUUUAUUACAAACAUCGGGACAAGCUACAUUUCUACAAGUAUUUUCUAACAAAAAUAUUUAGAUUUUCAUUUUUUGGCUAGCGCCGCAAAAGCAAAAAAGUACAAAUUCAUUGUUAAUUUUUAGCAAUACCAAAAGCAAGGACCAAGAUCUAAUUAGGAAGGGCACAGUGCCGCAAUCUAACCGCGUCCCAUCUCUCAGAAUGAAUCCCACCAAUUUGGGCAGACAGAAUGGAGCUCUGGUGCUGGAAGUGUUGAAGGUGUUGGGUCGUCCGGCGACCAGUUACGAGGUGGCCGAAAGGGUGUCGGACGUUUACCGGCUGCCGCUGCUUCCCAUCCGGCCAGUGGUCACCGACGUCCUCGAGGGCGGACUGCGCCAGGGGUUCUUCAGCUGCUCCAACGGCCGCUACUCCGUGGUGCAGUCAGUGGUGGACCAGCUGGGCCGGGACAUCGAUCAGUAUGCGGUGGAGAUUUUGGCGGGGUGCAGUUCCACAGGAGCCCCGCCCCAGAUGUCGCCCCUGAUGCUUAAGCUGCAGCAGCUGGACGGAUCGCCGCCCAUGGUGUUCGCGAACGGGUACCGCCGGACGACCUCUGGGGAGCAACGCGAGCGGAUGCCCUCCGGGGAUGUGCCCCUGGACGCCCGUCUCCUGAUGUUGCCCGUCUCAACCCUACUGUGAAAAUUCUCUAUUUUUCAAAUUAUUCCACCCAUUGCACAGAUUUGUGAUUUGUGCAUAGAAAAACUUCUGACGUCCAAUAAACUCAGGGCAAGGCUAUGAGUUUGGACCAAGA